AUGGAAUCUGUGAACUGUAAUUACACGAAAGUAAUCAAAGGUCAGGAAGGAAUAAAGGUGAGGUUUGUGGAAGAUUAUCUGGAGAUAGGGAACUUGGAAUAUAUACCCACAUGUACUAAAGGUGUGGUAUUUGAUAAAGUAUCAUCCUAUUACUCUUACUACAAAAAUUCCAUUCAAGAGAUUACUCUUGAUGAAGAUCAAGAAAUUAUAAAGUUGUUUCUUGAAAAUAAUGAUUUGUUUCCAAAAAUUGCCCGAAUCAAUCCUUCUUUUCUUGGAGAUGAUGAUGAUAAAUCCGUAAGAGAUGGAAUAGGCGUGAUUGGUGAGAAAGGAGAGAAUUAG